UUGGAAAACGUAAACAACAACGUGUAACUUUACCAUACGUUACUGGCAGGGAUAUAAUAUGAUAAAAUGCUAAUAUAUAUUUAAAUUAUCAGGCAAAGCUUUGUGUUCAUAGUAAAAAACACAGGCACGAGUAGUAAAAACUGAAUAUUUUCUUAAAUAAAAUUGGAACGUGCUGCGGAUUAUAAACAUUGAUCGAGUUUCGGUUUGAGGAGACAGGCAUACCGUAUUUCCUCUAAAAUGUUGAAAUUAACAAAUGCACGUCAAUUACGAACGUUACUCGUGCAGAUAAACCGGAAGUACAGCAGUAAGACUGACACUGCCCAUUAUAAAGUUGUGGUAGCUGGAGGGGGUGCGGGUGGCUGCGCGGUUGCGGCACGUGCUGUACGUGCACUAGGCCAAGGAAAUGUUGCUGUCAUAGAACCUGCUAAGACCCAUUAUUACCAGCCAUUGUGGACAUUGGUUGGUGCUGGGAUUAAGAAAGUGGAACAGACAGCCAGGCCUAUGAAAGAUGUAUUACCUAAAAAUUGUGAUCAUCUUGCAGAGAAGGUGGCAGAGUUUGAUCCUGACAGGAAUACAGUAACACUGGGGAAUGGCAAGAAGAUAAGUUAUGAUUACUUGGUAGUAGCUUUAGGGAUACAGAUAGAUUUAAACAAGGUGGAAGGUUUGGUAGAUGCUCUAAACAAUGACCCACUUGUUGGCAGCAUAUAUCUUCCUGAUAUGGCAAGUAAAACAUUCACCGCCAUGCAAAACUUCAAGGGAGGUAAUGCAGUAUUUACCUUUCCUAAUACACCAAUCAAAUGUGCAGGAGCACCACAGAAAAUCAUGUACCUAGCUGACGAGUUUUGGAGAAAGCAUGGCGUUAGAGACAAGGCAGAAAUCAACUAUUUUACUUCACUUGGUAAAAUGUUUGGUGUGGACAAGUAUGCUGCCACAUUGAGAGAGAUAGUGAAGAGAAAGGAUAUACAUGUAAACUUUAGAACAAGUCUAAAAGCUGUUGAUCACAGAAAAAAGACAGUGACUAUUGAAUAUCUGGACAGUGAGACUGGUGAAGAGCAAACUCAUAAAUACGACUUCCUGCAUGUGGCGCCACCUAUGUCAGCCCCAGAUCAGCUUAAGAAUGCCCCAUCCAAGUUUGUAGACAGUGCGGGAUUUCUGGAUGUAAACCAACUCAACAUGCAGCACAGUAAUUAUGAGAACGUGUUUGGUCUCGGUGAUUGUACAAACAUUCCUACAGCCAAAACUGCUGCAGCAGUUGGUGCCCAGAAUAAAAUACUGUUUAACAGUUUACAGUCAGUGAUGGCAGGAACAUCUCCUAAUGGACAGUAUGAUGGCUACACAGCCUGCCCUCUAGUGACAAGCUACAAUAAAUGUGUGAUGGCAGAGUUUGACUUCAGCUGUAUGCCGCUGGAAACAUUUCCUGUCAAUCAGGCGAAGGAAAGGAGAUCUAUGUACUUCUUUAAGAAAAAUGUGUUCCCUGAAAUCUACUGGAAUCUUUUAGUCAAGGGUCACUGGGGUGGAAACAAGGUUUUUAGAAAAGUGUUGCAUCUUGGGAUGUCAAAAUAGAGAAAAAUUUUGGAUGAGUGUAUAACGGAAGAACAGGGGAGAUAAUAAUUGUACAUACAACCUCUACAUCACUUUAACAUACUUUAAAAGGUGUUGGUUGAUUGACCAAAUUUUAUUGUGUAGUUUUGUUCUAAAAAAGCUUUUAGUGACAUUUAUGCUCUUUUUUCUCAUUGUCAACUUGAGCUGAAUUGACUAUGUAUUUCAGAAGAUUUACUGUUAUAAUGGUGACUGGCCAACAGUUUAUAUUGUAAAUUUUUUUAGAUAAAAUAUAAAUCUGCCUAAAAUGUAAAUGACUUUCCAACUUUUUAUAAAUUGAACGUUACAGGUAAGUGGAUAUUUACAAAAAUUUCUUUGACCAAUGUGACAUAUUUAUCGUUCAUUUAAAGUAAAUUAUAAAAUUGAAAGGAAUUAUGGCAAAUUAUAAACUCAUUUUGACUUUCACACGUUCACACUUUAUAUACCCUUGAAUGUGCAUGAUGCCAUUUCAAAUGAAGUUAGGUCAUAUUGUUCCAUUAAACAAUAUUUGAACAUUUUUUAUGUAUCUUUAUUUGAUAAAUUUUUUGAUGUUGAUAUACACUGGUUUUGUUAUUUUAGUCUACUAUAAACAAAUUAUAAACAUGUAUUGAUAUAUUUUACAUAUUGACAUAGUGUAACUUUAUUAUAUAAGAAGUUAUAAAGUAACCAUAGUUUUACAAACAUUGUUGUCAUAGAAAUAUGACACAGAAAUCUCAACUAUUAUAAGAUAUGUUAAGUAUUGCUGCACAUGAUGUGUAUGUUAAGAGAACAGAAUGAGUGGUAAUGAAGGUUUGUUUUUGAUGUCAUGUUGAAGUGUCAGCUCAUAUUACUGGCUUCCAAAUGAAUGAUUUGUUAUGUAUAUUGUUUUUGUAUGGGCCUAAGGCCAUAAAACAUUUUUUGUUUUUACAUGGGCCUGGUGCCAUAAAACAAUUUUUACCAUGGGCCUGAGGUCAAUAAAGCUUAAUUAUUUCAAUGUCUUAUCUUUAUAAUGAAGAUUGCAAAAGUAGGGAAUUUGCUUGUCUAUUUCUAUCAAUAAAUCUAAGAGAAAAAAUUCAAAACUAAGAUAUGAAAAUAGUGCCUGUGUCUCUCUUUCAGGAUAUUAAUGACAAAACUGUCUUGUUGAGUAUUUCAAAUGUGAUCUUAACCAAUAUUUUUUCAUGAAAGUAAUAUAUGUCCCUUCUUAACUUGAAUGUUUAUAAAAAUAAGAUAUUGAUAGUCAUUGCCCUUAACAGCUGAGCAUAUCAACGCAUUAUAAUUAAAAAUUGUUAGUUUUGGUUUUGUGCAAUGUUGUAUGAAUCAGCAUUAUUUUAAUUGUAUAAUAACAGUGGCCUGAUUAUUUCUAUAGUUCUGCUGGUCACAGAAGUCAGACAUUUUUGCAUUAACUAUUAGUUAUUUACAUUUGUGUUGACAUUCGGAAUCUGUAUUGGUAUGUGAGUCUGAUUUUUCUUGCUUAUUUUGAUAAUUUAUUAAGGUAAAGAGUUCCUGAAAAAUUAUGUAUUUCUAAAUCUAAUAUAACAGUUUAUCUAAAAAUUUGAUAUUUUGCUACUCCACUUAUGAUGUGAAUAAAAUAAGAUUUAUAUACAAUGUAUGUAAAUUAAAUAAUACAUAUCUAGAUCCAUAUGUACUUACGCAAUAGCAAUUUACCUUAAAGUAAUUUUAUAACACAUGCACUGUAAUCUGUUAAUUAAACCGGUUUUGCGUAACAAGGCUGGUCAUCAGUGCAUUACAUACAUUUGCUUAAAGCAAAUAUUAAAUUAUAUUGUUGUGCUACAGCUCUGAAUGAAAGAGUAAAAAGAACAUUUAAUCAUUCUUACCAAACAUUGUGUUCCUGGAUAAAUGAGACUUUUUAAUGUUUAUGAAAAUGUUAUUGUCCAAAAUGUUGUUUUACAAUUAAAAAUUGUCAUAUCUUAAUUUUAAACUUUAUUGUCUUAGAAACUACCAUUUUAUCCUGUGAUAAUAUUGGUAGUUGUCAUUUUAUUACAGUACUAAUAUUUUUGAUUGUCCUCACUUAAUUGAUUCAAUUUAAUUAUUAUCAAAAGUUAUAUCACUUGGCCUUUUUGGUGCAAUUGUUAUGGUAACAAACUAGUAUUAAAGAAUGUUUAUAAUUAUGCUUUUUAUGUAAAGACCCCUAAAUUAUAGGAAGCAGUACGUGACCUAAUAGUUACAAUGGUCUGUCACUACCCAGGGUCAUAACUAUGUCUCUGUAAAGCCCCGUAAAGUAUGGGGAGGGUUGGCCUAGUGGUUACAAUUGUCUAUCACUUGACCUAGAGAUUAUGGGUUCAAGCCCUACUUUGGUCCCAACAAUGUCUCUUCAUAUGACACAAGUACCGGUUAGUUCCAGAAAGUGGCCUUCAUUGAUACAAAUGUGAGCUACUAGUUAUCCUUGUAUAAAAGUAUUAAAAGUCAAUUUAGAAUUUUUCAGAAGAAUUCAGUUAUUUGUAUUUGUAAUGUAAAUAUUGCAGCAUAAUAAAUGAUAUAACAAUCUUAGUGUUCAUUUGUAACAUUUUGAAAGUUUCAAGACUUAAUGAUCUGUGAAUUUAUUAAUAUCAUUAUUUUUAUAUUUGAUAUAAGAAGCUUAUGAUGUCUGUUUUCAUACAUAUAUAAUUAUUUACUGUAUUACAUUUUACUACUUAAUUACUUCUAUUUCUGUAUGACUUAAGGUACCUUUUUUUUACUUGUGCUUAAAAUGUUUGACUUUUACAUAAAUGUACACUUUCAAAAUCAUAAAAUCAUUAAAUGUUCAUAGUUUAACUUUUU